AUGACAACGACCUGUGUAUUGCGUCCCGAUCCUUUGUCCUCUGCCCUUUCUGCCUUCCCUCCCGCAACUCCCAUCACCAACCAGCCGUCUUCAUACCAGGCCACCCUCACACCCGCGCGCCAGCCCAUUGAAAUCGCCAUAGCCGGCCAGCUUUUCCGACUUCCCCCCUCGCACCAACCGUACGCACGCAGCCCGGGCCCCCGCCGUGCUCGAAGCUCGAACCGUCACUCGCCAUCGAACAAACGUCCCGACCACACGAGGGCACAGAUCCCCAUGGCCUCCUCGCCGUGGGACUACAUCGCCAAGCUCGUCUGCAUAGGCGACUCGGGAUGCGGCAAGUCCAGCCUGACAAUCCGCCUCUGCGAAGGCCGCUUCUCCCCGCACCACGACGUCACCAUCGGCGUGGAAUUCGGCUCGCGCAUCGUCCCCGUCGGCCCGCCGCACACCAGGCCCUCGAGCUUCCUCUCCUCCCCCUACACAUCUCCGUCUCCGUCUGCGGCGGCGGCGGCGGCGAGCACGACCACGAGAACGACCACGAGCUCGGCCCCCCGGGCGGACGGGCUCCCUGAGCCGCCCCGCGACACGAGCAAAACGCCCCAGAAGCACAUGAAGCUGUCCCUCUGGGAUACGGCCGGCCAGGAGACCUACAAGUCCGUCACCCGCUCCUACUUCCGUGGUGCCAGCGGCGCCCUCCUCGUCUUCGACCUCUCGCGCAAACAGACCUUUCGGCACGUGACCGACUGGCUGAAUGACCUGCGACAGAUUGCGGAGCCAGACAUCGUCGUCGUCCUCGUCGGUAACAAGGCCGACCUGGCGCAGCAGGAGGACAACAAGAGGGAGGUCACGCGGCAAGAGGCAGAGGAGUGGGCGAGGAGGAACGGCGUCUUGGAGUAUGUCGAGACCAGUGCCAAGAGCGGCGAGAAUGUCGAGCAGGCCUUCAUGAGGGUUGCCGAGAGGAUAUUUCACAACAUCCAGGCCGGCAAGUAUGACUUGAAUGAUAGGAGGUCUGGCGUCAAGGGCCCCGGCGCCGCUGGUAAUCGCCAGGUGAAGCUGGGUGCCGAUGGCAAAUCUGCCGCCGGUGGUGGCUGUUGCUGA